AUGGAUACAAAUAUUACAGACACUACAUCAACUACAACGCUUCCAACUACAGCCGGUACAAACACGAGUUCCUCGACUACAACUGCGAUAGUUGCACCUGCUACAGCUCCAGUAAUGUCUACACAAGUUUCUACAUUCCAGUUUUCCGUUGAACCUUUUAACCAGACAGCUACAAAAUGGUCCAGGUGGGUAAAACGGCUGGAAGGAGCAUACAAAGUUUUUAAAAUUCCAGAGGAAAUGAAAUUGCCCUAUUUACUACAUUACAUGGGGUCGGAAGCAUACGAUACACUGUGUGAUAAACUAGCUCCAGAGGUCCCUGAAGACAAGUCAUAUGAGGAUACAGUUAAGUUAAUGGAUAAUUUUUACAACCCUGCACCACUUGAAAUUGCUGAAAUAUUUAGGUUUCAAUCAAAAAGACAAGCAGAAGGCGAAAGUAUACAAGAAUACCUACAUUCUCUACAGAAACUUGCCAUAAACUGCAACUUUUCCACAUAUUUAAAAAGUGCUAUACGAAAUCAGUUUGUUUUUGGUUUACAGUCAAAGAGGAUUCAAGCCAGACUAUUAGAAACAAAGGGAUUGGACUUGGACCGAGCCGUAGAAAUUGCAGCAAGCAUGGAAACUUCAGAAAAGGAUAGUAAUCAAUUUUCUCACAACAAUAAUUACAAUCAGGCUAGUAUAAAUGUUUUAAAUGCGAAAGCAAAAAUCUCUCUAAUAAUAACUAAACUACUUUAA